CAAGAUGACUUCCGAAAGCGAGGUCGCAAGCACGCACAUUUGAUGCCUGAAGGUCUUUCAUCAGCAAACAGAUUAAUCAAUAUUUUGUCGAUUGAAGCAAAUUUGCUGCUUGAUCAUCCAGUUUAGAUCAGGUUUUUGGCUGUGUGAAAAGAACAUUCACGCCCGCGUGACAUAUAGAGACAAAGCAUUGAGGCAACGACACCUCAAAAGGCAAUGCGCGGUGUUUCUCACGAACUAAUGAUGGAUAAAGUUAGCCGUUAUAACCCGUUAGAUCUUGUAAAUAAUCAUUCGCAUUUCGAACUGAAAUGGAAGAAGGCACCUCUUGUGGUUGAGGACGAGAGAGGCAUAUGUUUUGAAGCAAUACGUGAUCAAGGAAGGGGAAAGAGGUAUCAUGAAGCUUCCUGCAACAUUCAGAAUCACAGAAUGUUAACCUACUCCAGUAAUUUCACCCUACCACCACCAUCAGCUGCAGCAGCAGUGGACAAUACCAAUGUGCCUGACAGCAGCAAUUAUUCUACUAUCCUGGCGGCCAUGAUCCCGUUAGCAGCUGUGUGUUUUGUUGUGGGGAUUGCCUUGCUAUUGUAUCGUUACUAUAGGAGAACAUCUGGACCAGUCUGGAUUCCUAAGCUCGCCUCUGUACGCGGUCGAUACCGCACUAUGAGUAAUGAAGACCAAGCCAGUCCAGAUAAUUUUAUAAUGGGAUUCUGUAACCCGAUCACAGAGAACUCAGUGGAUUGUUUUGACAAGGCUGACGGUAAAGUUACUGUGUUGGGUUACAGGCCACUCCGUGAGGACACUUACAAACAUGGCGUGAAAGAUUAUAGCCAGCUCUUUAAGCACAUGUUCCCGCGGGAUCGUUUGGUUAACGGCACUGAUCUCGGGACCGGGUGGUUUGGAAAGGUUUACGAAGCAGACGCUCUUCGCAUUAAAACAGGAUUGAGAAGAACCAAAGUCGUGGUGAAAGAACUGCGCAAAAAUUUUGACUCAAAGGCGAAGGAAAUGUUCCUAAAGGAAACGGAUGUUUUAAGGUGCGUUGAGCACAAGAACGUUUUGAGUGUUUUAGGACAGUCAACAGAACAGGAACCGUUUCUAGUGGUUUUGGAACAUUCUCCUUUGGGAGACUUGAAGAAAUUUCUCCUGGAACAACGGUCCGACAGGAAGCGGGAAGGUGUUCCACUGCAUCUGCGCAUGUCUAUUGAUAUCGCUUCCGGGCUCCAUUGCUUACAUGCAAAUCAUUAUUAUCACAGUGACCUUGCUGCGCGAAACUGCUUGGUAUUUCCAGAUUUGUCUGUGAAAAUCGGAGACUACGGAAUUUCAAGAUGCAUAUACAAGAAUGACUACUAUAACAGACCGCAAGCUCCCAACAGCAUCCCCGUUAGAUGGCUAGCACCUGAGUGUGUAGUCUUUCAUGAAGAUGGAACUUUAGUGACUAAACCACCAUCAAGUCAGGGAAAUGUUUGGUCAUUUGGAGUAACACUUUGGGAAAUUGUGGGAGGUGGUAAGCAACCAUAUGAAGACUUACCAGAUGAAGAAGUGUUACAGAGUGUGAUACAGGAUCAGCUGUAUAAGUUACCUGAACCGCACAACAAAGGAAAUGUUCUGGACCUACUUUAUGAGCUGAUGCUUCAGUGCUGGGUAGAACCUGACGGAAGACCUUCGGUUCAAAAACUCGAGUCUACGUUGAUGUCUCUGAUGUCAGGUUGCUCUGUACCCUGUCUUACGACCACUGUUACCGUGAAACAACGAACGGAACUUCUCGCGAGUCAAGCUGCUCCGGAUACUAAGAGUACAUCACAACCGAUUGCCGUGGUUCGUCCUCUUCGCCUCGAACAAGAUGAGCCACAGUGUAAUCAUACUCAAGUCCAUCAGAGCAACUCUAACGACCAAGAACAGACUCCAUCCGAUGUAGAAGUUACCAUUAUUUCUUCGGAACCCCCACCGCCAGUUACAUACAUCGGAAAUCCCUUGGAGGAACUCAGGGAAUGUUCCGAAACAGCGGAAAGUCCAUCAUCGGAGGAGGCGGCUAUGGACUCUCAAACGUCCGUGAUCGUACAUCCGGAGGAUCACGAGUAUGUGAUGGUGCCUGGUGAAGUCAUCCGUAGAAGAGGAUCAAUUUUGAAGAAUCCGAACGCCCCUUCAAAGCCCCCCAAGGUGGUUCAUUUUCCAGUCAACAUUCUCGCCCUGCGAACCGUUCACAAGUAUGAAAGGAUGGACUCCUUUGAAGAGGAUGAAGCAGACGCUAAUCCUAGAACAGAUGACGAAGACGGAGAAGAGUCUGUAGGAAACAAAUCUGAAUUUCGUGCAGAGAAAGACUUUGAAAGCCUUAAUUCAGAAUUAGCUGUAGUCAACGGGACAGAUUUGGCCAACGAACCGCCAUUAUCGCCGACUGAAAAGAAGAUUAGAAUGGCUGCUGGGCGGAAGAAAAUGCUCGAAGACGGCGAUAAAGAGUGGGUUACUGCAGUGGAAUCGAGUUCGAGCCAACCUGCUUAGGUUUGGAAGAAGUUUGACGGACGUCUGUUUGUGGAACGAGCAGCAAGGCAAUCCUAACUGAUGAACUGAUGAAUGGAGAUGCCGGCAAAGUGCGACAAGCCCCAAACGGUCGGAUAUUGUAGUCAAGUGACUAACGUAGUUUCAUAGGAGAUUGAUAGACCAAAACUAACAUCCAUCAAAAAAAAAAAAAAAAAAACCGUUUAUAGAUACGAGUGGCUCCUCGCUGAAACACUACAGUAUGUUUUGUUUUAGAAAGGUUCGAAAUCGGCCUUAAGUUAAUUCUUUAGAAAGUUGAUUAUAGUCAUCACAUGUCAUGAAUUAGUGUUUUGGAUACAAGGUUAAAGGUACCAUUAGAAUCCUGAAUUUGGUACUUUCAACUCGAAAAUAGAAUUACAGUGCACGAGGAACAACAACAAAAACCCUUCCUAAAGGAAAGAAUAUUGCAUGUCAUAUCGGCAAUCCUCUUGCUAUGGAAAGAUUGAAAAUAUUUUUCUGGGCUUCUGAACUCGCCCGUUUAACUUCGAUUUCAGCGGUAUAUUUUUGUAUCUGCUUCAGAAAUCGUUGACUUCCGUCAUAAUUUGAUACGCAUAUAGUGCGUUAGCAAUUGAAACUUCGAUUUCGAACAAGUUGUUUUUCAAGCAUUUGUCGAAAAUGUGAUAGCAAUUGUGUUUAUCGCAUUACAUUUGUAAUGGAAUAUAUUUUUAAAUGAGUAAUUAUGAUAAUUUACAGAAAGGAAGAGAAGAUUUAUGUGCAAAAUGUUACUAAAAUAAAGGAAAAAGUUCUUAGUUCUUA